UCCGAGAAAAAAAAAACAACUGGUUUUGCAGAAUCUGGCUGCAACAUUAAGCACAGGAUACAGUUCCGUAACUUUCACAGACAUCUGCUGUGGUGUGUCAGACAGAAAGCUGUUCUUCCCAGCCUGGGGUCAACGACGCCUUGGAACCAAGGAUUCACCACGACUGGUUAAAGAAAAUGCAAAAGAAGAGCUGGGAGGAGGAAGAGGGAAGUCGGUCACCAGAGAGACCUUGAAGUAGGACGUGCCACUGUCCAUCCGGACCGUAGGAGAGAUUGGUGAACAUUUGUCAGUCUUUCUGCGGAGACGCGAGGAAGCCAACGCGAUGGGCAUCAUACAGACAAUCGCAGCGACCACUUUCGUGUACAGCGCUGCUUGCGUUGCGGCUGCUCUAAUCUUCGCCAGGUUAUGUCUUAGCAUCUUGCUGCAUCCUACCAGAUUGUUCUGGAAGGUGAAGAGGCGUGACACAGUUCCCGCCUGCCUCACAGAUCCUGCCUAUGGAAUCCAUGGAUAUCUACCGAUUGAGGGAGUGAAAAUCCACUAUGUCGAGAAAGGAGACAGAUCGAAGCCACUGAUGCUAUUCAUCCACGGGUUUCCUGAAUUCUGGUAUUCGUGGCGCCACCAAUUGAAAGAGUUUUCCAAAGAUUACUGGACCGUGGCUGUGGACAUGAGAGGAUAUGGGGACUCGGACAAACCCGCAGCAUUGGAAGACUACAAGAUGGCUCACCUUGUUAAUGACAUAAAGGAAAUUAUAGAAGCUCUGGGUCAUGAGACAUGCACCCUGGUAGCGCAUGAUUUUGGCGGUGCGAUUGCCUGGAAUUUUGUCAUGACGCACCCUGAGAUGCUGGACAGUUACAUUAUCCUGGAUGCGCCAUACUCUCCAUCGAACUUCAGAAUACUGACUUCGAACCUGUUCCAGGUCUUGAUGUCAUGGGAUCUGUUCUACUUCCAGCUGCCCUACCUGCCGGAACUUACGUUCAGAGCUUACGACAUGGUGAGACUUAAACAUCUGUUCAGAGGAUCAACACCAACCUCACUUUCACCUAUCACCGAUGAAGAUCUGGAAGCAUACAAGUAUGCUUUUGCAAAAUCAGGAGCAUUCACUCCGCCCAUCAACUACUUCAGAGCCAAUGGCUUCUCACUUUCGCCACCGAAAUCAAAACUGAAGAAAGACAUUGAAGCUCCAGGGCUCUAUAUGUUUGGCGAACAUGAUGGUCAUUUGGUAUUUGAUCAUUUGUGGGCAGCUCAGAGCUACAUUAAGAAUCUCAAAGUGCAAAUGGUGAAAGGGGCUAAUCAUUAUGUACAACAAGACGAUCCUGAAAAAGUCAACGGUCUGAUCAGAGAUUUUCUGAAAACCAAAAAACCAAAGGUGGAGAAACCAGUUGCUGCAUCGUCUUGAAUGCUGAAUGUCACAUCCACAACACGUCCAAAGACGGAUGUAACUCUUGCUGUUGUUAUUAUUGUUAUUUUAAGAAAUGUGUAUUUUAUUAAGUUGUGUAUCUUUAUUAUAAACUGUGUAUAGUGGUACGUCUACUAUUAUUUAAUGACUUACAAAAUAAA